GUGUGUGGGAGAAGAGGAGGAGGAGGAAGAAGAAUAGGAAGAGGGAGGCGUGUUGCUCUGCUGCUUCUGGAAAAAAAUCCACUCCAGACAGACGAACUUCCUCCUCUCCUGCACGGCCAGCUUUAAAAACUCCACUCCCACAACAUUUUCUCCCCCUCUCCACGCUGACUCGCCAUCAGAGAGGAGGAGGCUCUCCAGACGUUCACAGGCUCAUCCUUUUAUCAUUCUCUGCAUCCCUUUUCAUGUCUUCUGAGACUUCCUGAAGGACCUUUAAGAAAAAACAGAAUUUUUGCAUCUGCAGACAGGGGGGUGUUGUAUGUGACUGGAGAACAUGAGAGCUGAGGUGCUGGUCUUCUGGGCGGCUUUGACCCUCUGCUGGGCUCCGGUCGCGGCUCGAGAAGAUGUGGAGGAGGACGACAAACUCUCCGGGGACCCGGUUCAGGUGAGAGUCCCCCGAGGACUGGUCGAGCCCAGGAGACAGACGGAGGAAGGGGGGGACCAAAUGAAAGAUGAGCCGGCUGAAGUGGUGCAAGAGGAGAGCACAAAACCAAAGAAAAAGAAAACACCUGAGGAAAUUGAGGCAGCCAGGGCGAAGAAAGCAGCGGAGAAGGAAGCCAAAGCCAAGAAGCAGAAAGCUCCUAAACCCACCAAAAAGCCAAAAGGCCCCAAACCCACCAAGAAACCAAAAGCACCAAAACCCACAAAGAAGCCGAAGGCACCCAAAGCCACCAAGAAACCAAAGGAGACGACCACGGUGCAGCCCAAAACCACGCGUCCGUCUCUGGACCAGGAAGAGGAACUGGGCUGGGACGCACUGAUUCCACCUGUGACCCCAACGGCGCCCGGAUGGGAGGAGCCCGUCGAGCCAGGCCUCGAUGACAUGCCUGGUGGACGCCAAGAUAACAGAAAGACCACGACUACUGAGGUCAUCAUGUACAUACCAGAGGAAGCCACCACCGUCCCGUAUGUCGGCCCCUGGUACGAAGAGUACGAUUACGCCGACCUGGCCGCUAAGAAACAAGAAGAGGAGGAGGAGAGAGCUCGCAAGGAAAAGGCAGAAAAGGCGGAAAAAGCCGAGCAGCAGAGGAAGAAGUGGGAGGAGGAGGAAGAGGAGAGACUGAAGCAGAUCUCUGUGCCGCUGGAGCCAAAAAAGUGUCCUCCUCUGGGCUUGGAGUCUCACCGGGUGGAGGACGACCAGCUGCUGGCCUCCUCUCAGUCUCACCACGGCUUCACGGCUCAGAGGGGGCGGCUCAACAUGCAGGGCUCCAAGGACGAGGACGACCUGUACGGAGGAGCGUGGUGCGCCGAGCCAGAGGAGAAGAACCACUGGUUCGAGGUGGAUGCGCGCCGGGAGGUGGAGUUCACGGGGGUCAUCACUCAGGGAAGAAACUCCGAGCAGCUGGAGGACUUUGUGUCGUCCUACUUCGUGGCGUUCAGCAACGACAGUCGGGACUGGACAACGCUGCAGGACGGCUACGCUGAAUGGUUGUUCUACGGGAACGUGGACAAGGACACGCCGGUGCUGGGUCAGUUCAGCCCCCCCGUGGUGGCGCGCUACAUCCGCAUCCUGCCGCAGAGCUGGAACGGCAGCUUGUGUCUUCGAGCCGAGAUCCUGGCCUGUCAGCUCCCCAGGGAACAGGUUCCGAGACCAUCACCAAACCGUCUCACAAACGAGAAGGAGACAUUGGAAGGGGUCCAACCACAACAGGCUGCUACAUCCAUGGAAGGUCAACAGCCAGCAGCUAAACCUGAGGUUGCUCCACUGCAAGACAGUGCUGCACCCAAAGGUUCUUCCCAGCAGGCUGCUACACCAACAGAACUCGUUGCACCAAAAGACGUGGUGCUGAAGAUUCUUAGACAGACGGAGAAUCUACAACCGGAAGUUACUCUUAAAGUUGCUUCCCCAAAGGGUGCCCUGUCCAGAGAAAGACUCUUUGGAAACCAACGCAACCUCACAGAGCGCCUAAGCAUGAAGGCUUGGCUAGGAUUUGGGCUGAUUUCGUCUUCCUUUGGCGAGUUGUUCCUUAUCUCUUAG